AUGCCACCAUCACAGAAGAUCCAAGAACAGCUUGACCAGGGAGCCAUUCCUAAUUAUGUCUCCAAUGUCUGCCCUCAGGGCACAAAGAUCUGGUUGCUGGAGGUAGGAUGGCUCGAGGCUGACGAAGGGUUCGUGAUCCGUGGUGGUAACACGUCGUUGAAAAGUACUGGGGACAAAGCGUUCGUGAACAAGCGUCGACAGAUGCCGAUGUACUGUGUCCUUAUUGAGCAUCCGAUUGAGGGCUGUAUCUUAUGGGAGACAGGAUGUGGAAAGGACUACCCAGAGAUCUGGGGACCUGUGGUCUCGGACAUCUUCAGUCGUGUACGCUACGAACCUCACCAUGAGCUUGAUGCUGCGAUCGAAGCUACUGGCCACAAGCUUGAGGACAUCAAAAAGAUCAUUAUUGGCCACUUGCACCUGGAUCAUGCGGGUGGGCUAGACAUGUUCUUGGACCGCAAGGAUGUCGAGAUCUAG